AUGGACGUGGAACAGCAAAAGAUAGAAAGAUCUCCUAUGCUUGAUCGAUCGAUUCAAGAUGUAUCCAUAACCUCUGAAGAACACCUUCUCUACAAUGUUGAUUUAAAUCAACAGUGGAAGUUUACACCUGGGACUUUCUUCUCAAAAUUUUAUCCGCUUCUUAUUCACAUGUUGAUUCUGUGUAUCUACACAGCAUUAAUAUUUAGCAUUAAUGAAAGACCUAUCAAAUUACGCUUUAAAAGUGAAUUAAAUGAAGCUGAAUCUCAUAUUCGGUAUGAAGAACGUAUUUUCAAUGUUCUUUCUGUCGCAAGGCCUCAAAAAGGGAGAAUACCAAGCCCUUUUGAAGGUCGCCCAACGCCGGAAAAUAAUGAAAGAUGGAAGAAUUUAACUGAUCUGAUGCUUUAUGGUGCCACGAAAGAAGAGGCGGCACAGUUAUCCACGCCCACGGUACAGGCAUACGAUGACAAUACGGUCUAUCCUGUGAUUAUCUCUGUUUAUCAUCAUCUUCAUGACCGACUUCGCCGCCAGGCAUGGGGCGACACAAAUCCCAACGACGAAUCUGAGAAGUUCAGGUUAAUGCAUACCGAUCACUGCGUGGAAAAUCUCCGGCAAGCCCUUCUUUGUCAUGGUGACACCACGCCAGUCCCACUGUUUUAUACUACAUUUGACGAGAAUGGGGUACCUGAAAAUUAUGAUGCGGCGUGGGAAGUACCACACACUUGCCGAAAUGAGCAGAAAUUGCAGAGUUGGGCUGAAAAGGGUCAUGAGAUUUUCAAGACGGGGAGAUUACCGCAUUUCAUUCCGGUUGCAGGGGAUGAUUAA